CUCCUCCACAGGAACACCAGCCUGUAGCAAGUUCCUGGCUUCGAACUACGUCGCUAACGAUGUGAUUCGCUCACCUUCGGGUUCGGCCUCGGCUCCUGGUGGCGACCGGCGCCCAAUGCCAUGGGAACCCAAUUCGCCCGGGCCCAUGUUCGAUCCCUCGCCGCCUCAGAACGUCACAGCUCUCAAGGAUGACAUCGCCUACCUUCACUGCAUCGUACACAACAGAGGCAAUAAAACGGUGUCGUGGAUCAGGGUGUCGGACCUGCACAUCCUGACGGUGGCGCAGUACACCUACACCGCCGACGACAGGUUCGAAGUGAUCCACUCACCCGACUCGAACUCCCAGUCGUGGAUUCUCAAGAUCAACUCAGUGCAGCCACGGGAUUCCGGCCGCUACGAGUGUCAGGUCAACACCCACCAAACUGACCCCAUCACCUUUCCCGUCUACCUCUCCGUCUUCGUACCCACGGCCCGCAUCAUGGGGUUGGCUGAGCGCUACGUGGAUCAGGGCUCAACCAUCAACCUCACCUGUAUCAUCAACUUCAACCCUGAGUCUCCCACCGAGAUCUUCUGGUAUCACAACAACAAGGUGAUCAACUACGACAACCGGGACAGUCGGGUGAGCGUGAUCACGGACCGGGGCUCGAUCACCAAGACCAUCCUCCUGAUCCAUGACGCCCACGACGCCGCCACAGGGACCUACUCCUGCGUCCCCUCCCACUCCGCCACCGCCUCCGUCAGGAUACACAUCCUCAAUGGAGAGAUGCCAGCCGCCAUGCAGACCAACGGAGCCAUUACGACUGUCGGAUGGUGUCGUUGGAGGCAGUUUGUCAAGCAACCUACCGCACUCCUCCCUCCUGUUGCUGCUGCUAUCUCCUUCACCCUCAUACAUCUAUACACCCGCAUUCCCAUUUAAAAAUCUGUUGGCCCCCCUUUUUUCUGAAAUGGCUAAACAAAAACCAAAUUGACAUUUUUCUACUUAAAACAAAACCAAAAAUAUUUGCAUUCAGGGAUGAUUAUAAGAACCAGGAAUUAUGUUGAGAUUUAUAAUUCAUACUUUUCAUAAGGCAAGAAUUGAGAAAACUGGAGAGUGUUCUAUUAGUGAAAAUAGUACUUUCUGCCCCACGCUUUCUCUGCUCUGGUAAUAUUAUUGUAUACAUUUGCGUUAGGUCAUUGCCUUGUAAAUAGUUCACACUAGUUAAGAGAGAGUGAGUGUGUGUAUAUGUGUGUGUGUGUGUGUGUGUGUGUGUGUGUGUGUGUGUGUGUGUGUGUGUGUGUGUGUGUGUGUGUGUGUGUGUGUCCCCAAUUGUUAUUUUCUAAUGGAGAGAGAGAGAGAGAGAGCAAUCAUAGAAUGAAUGCCUAGGAUAAUGUAGUGUGAAUGAUCUUGAUAGUUCAUUUCUAAUUCUAACUAAUAUUUUAAUAGAACGGGCCCAGCAGCAUUUUACUAAGACGAAAAAUGGCACUAACAGUUAAUUGUACAAACAGAUGUAUAUAUAUAUAUGUAGUGGAGAUGAAUUAAUUUUUAUCCUUGGAAGUUUUCAGUAUUCUUGUUCGACAAGGAUCGACCUUGAUGUUCCUUGAGGCGAGCCCUGUUGGGCUGGCUAUGACGUCUUGACGUACUAAAAUAAUUGGAAAUACAUGUAUGUGAAAUAGCAAGAAGAAACGUUUUGAAAACGUUUCUCUAUCUUCAUAUCGAGUGUUUUGUGAGAUAUUGGAAGAGCUGAGUAGGCUAACUGCCGCCGAAUUAUAACGAAAACGACGCCUCCUGGGGAGCUAGAUUCACGAAAGCACUUAGGCAAACACUUACGAACCUGUACAUCUUUUCUCAAUCUUUGGCGGCUUUGUUUAUCAUUAUUAAACAG